AUGGAUUCUAGUAAUAAUAAUAGUUUAUUAUUUAAAAAGAUAAUAUCAAAUAUUGUGUUAUCAAAUAAAAUAUUUAAAUUUAUAUAUGAAAUCGAUAUUAUUAAAAGAGAUAAAAGCAGUCACAGGCAUUUGCGAUGGAAAGUGUUAAUAGAAACACCCUCUGCUCUAAUGGAAUAUGGUUAUUUGGAGUUGUUGAAACACUAUAUCGAGAGAAAGCAGAGUGAAUGCAAACCGAAUGAACUGCGCAAGCUGUUCGAUUCAAAGAUUAAACCGUUUCUAAAUCGGGUCAUUGUCGUUGGUAACCCUAGAAUCAUCGAUUACUUGCUAUCGGUGUUCACCGAAGCUGUCACCAAGUGGGAUGAUAACUUGGCAAUGUUUGCAGUGAAGCAUAAGCACUUUGAUGUUCUCCAACUGCUUGCCGAGAAGAGAACCGAUCAGAACUUGGAGAUCGCUCUUAAUAAAGCUGCUUUCGAUGGUGAAGUUGAAAUGGUUAGUUAUCUCCUCGACAAAGUGUACGAUCCAUCUCUAAUCUCAGAUACAGACAAAAAUAACUAUCAACAUAGAUUGAUAGUGACCGGUACUCUAGGGAUUGUCAAACUACUCAAGAAUAUCAACAUUACAAAAAUCAUUUCAAAAUCAGUAGUAGAAUUGUUGUGUGGAUAUAAAAAGUUUGAUAUACUUCAAUAUUUAUUAUUAGAAUACUAUCAAAAUAAUAGCAAUAGUAAUAAUAAUAAUAAUAGUAAUAAUAAUAAUAUUUUUAAUAACUUAAUUACUGUAUAUAGUUUGGAAAAGAUUACAGAGUUUUGUGAUUUUCAAUUGUUUAAAAUCAUUAUGGAGAAUUCAACUGAUUGUAGGAUUACAGUAAAAACAAUUGAGAGAGCAGCAGCCAGCAAUAAAAUAGAGGUUCUCGAAUGGAUUAAUAAGAACAAAAGAAAUGCAGUUUGGAGUAAAAGUGCAAUGGAUUUGGCUGCGGAAAAAGGUCAUUUCGAUACCGUCAAGUGGAUUCAUUCAAAUCGUACGGAAGGAUGUUCAAAGCAUGCAAUGGACUUUGCUUCAAGACGAGGCUGGCUUGCGAUCGUAAAGUUCUUACAUAAAAAUCGAACGGAAGGAUGUUCUAAGCAAGCAAUGGAUUACGCAGCACAAUUUGGACACUUUGAAUUGGUAAAGUUCCUGCAUGAGAAUCGAACGGAAGGAUGUUCUCUGCUUGCAAUGAAACAUGGAUUCAUUGAUAUUCUUCGAUAUCUAUACGAUAAAUAUCAGUUUGAUCACAUUUGGAUGAAUGUUGAAACAGCGAUAUGGCAUGGACACUACGCAGCGUUGGUAUUCAUUUUGCAAUGUAAUCAGGAUCAGAAUUUGAGUUAUAAUGCAUUCGAAGUGCACAGUAGCUAUUGGUUGUUACGAGCACUCAAGAAAGGAACUAACUUGUCGAUUGCCAAGCAUAUCGCUGAGAAGCGCAAUUGGUGUCUAGACUUUAUCACCUACAAAGAUAUUGUUUCACUCAUUAAAAGCUACCGGCUCGACAGUAUAAAGUUUGUUUUCGAGCAUACCGACGCAUCGACUCAUUCAGAGCUAUUCAAUAUGAAAUGUUUCAACACGGCAGCGCUAGUGGGAGACCUGGAAAUCUUAAAGUUCUUGCACGAAAAUCAACUCAUUCCAAAGCAUUGGAAAGGCAAUACUCAGGUUCGAGCACUUCAGAACGCUGCGACACACAACAGCGAUAGAAUCAUCGCUUACCUCUGUAGCAAUAACAUUCUCUUUAGCAUGAGCGACUGUCAGGUGGCCACUCUCACAGCAACCCACAAACUAAACUACCGAAUCUUGAGCUACCUUAUACCCCACUAUCUUGAAAACACCAAACAUGGAAACUUUGUGAAACUAGCUGUCUAUCCAACUCAAAUACUAGACGAUUGUGCUCAAAUCGAAAACCGAAACGAUAUAGUAGAUCUAUUUAAACAUUACGAUAUUAGAUUAGGAAAUAUUUAUUUACCAACAACAUCAACAACAAAUGUUUUUAUAAUAAAAUAA